AUGACCGCGUUCAGCAUUCAAAUGGGCCGAGCACGAUUCACUCCCGAGGAGAAAAAUGCAGGAUUUUGCCAACUGUUCGUCGAAAAUCUCAGCGGUGCGGCCCUCGUCUGGUUUCCCAGUGCCGACCUCUAUCAGAUCAAACAAGGCGAAAAAGAAUCCCUUCGGUCUUUCAUCGGUAGGUUCAACACGAUCGUCUCUCGGAUCACCGUAAUAGACGAAGCAUCGCUGCCAGCUCUUCGGAAUGCCCUGCGAAUCGAUUCGAAGUUUCGGGACAGCCUCAAGUUCAGCAAACCCCGAACUCUCGAAGACGCGCUUCACCGUGCCACCUUAUACAUCGAGGACGAGGAAGAAAAAGAGAUUGUGUCACCAGCAAAAGCUGCGCCGAAGCAGCAAUCCCACAAAGAAAUCCCCAAACAAGAUUAUCAGGAACCUCGACAACACCUCGACAAUAACUAUCGAGGUGACAAUCGCCGAGGAGCGACGUAUAACAUCAGCACUCCACAACAACAAAAUCGCCAAUAUCAAAACCAAUCGAACACCUGGCAACGAGGAGAUCGCGGGGAGACACGACCUUUCUGCGACUAUCAUAACAAGUAUGGUCACCCAACCGCGAUGUGUCGUGAGCUACAGGCCUAUUUGCUCGCCAAAUAUCGAAAGGGGGAGAUCGCGUUAGCAAACCAGCCCCAAAACACCGCGCCGCGAAAUAACGAAGCUCGACCAACGGCUCCCACCGAUCAACUUCCACCCCCUCCCCCAACGAACGAGCGAUCCAACGACGAUCCUGCAAAGAGAGACCGAGGUAAUCAACCUCGGGACGAUACUCCUCCGACAUCUCGAAAAAAGGUGUUCUUUAUUAUGGGAGGCCUGGCGACAUGCAACGACUCCGUUAGAUCGAUUAAAAAAUACGGACGCCAAGUCAUGCUUGCCCAGAAAUGGCAGGUCAAAAACCCCAAAACUGCAGAAAGUGAUGCGAUCACGUUCACCGAAGCCGACACGGAAGGAGUCGACAUGCCACACAACGAUCCUCUUGUGGUCGAGCUGCGGAUCGCAGAUUGCAAAGUAUCUCGGAUACUGGUCGAUACAGGGAGCUCAGUAGACCGGAUUUUCAAAGAAACACUCGACAAAAUGGAAUUGGCGAACCAUCACCUCAAGUCCUCGGUUAAGCCACUUACAGGAUUCGACGGAGAUACGGUUUAA